AUGAACUUUAUUCACGUUGUGCGACGAAACACCCGGUGGAGCACGCGCGGCACGCUGCUUGAGAAGGUCUACAUCAAGUAUUUCUUGACGCUGGCCUGCCUGUCUCUUUUCAUCGCACUGAGUUGUUGGAUGGCAUUCGAGCUUUUUGGUCGUUCUGAAACUCGUUGUGUAAUGCCAUCUGUCCGCCGAGAGUGGAGGACUCUCAGCGCUGCCGAGAAGAAAUCUUACAUCUCGGCAGUGAAUUGUCUUAUGGACUUACCAUCUAUCUUUGACAGCCAAACAUCGCAUUUUGACGACUUCACAUACGCCCACAUUACGGCAGGUGGUUCCUCGCACUACGCGGCUGCCUUCUUACCAUGGCAUAGAAUGUUCGUGUAUACCUACGAGCAAACGCUGCGCCAGAAGUGUCAAUACGAUGGUGUGCAACCUUACUGGAAUUGGGUGUUGGACUCAAGAGACCUAAGCCAGUCUCCUGUAUGGGAUUCUGAACUCGGCUUUGGACUAAAUGGUAGCUCUGAGGGAGAUCACUGCGUUGAAAAGGGACCAUUUGCAGGUAGAAGCUAUGCCUGGAGACACCUUCCUGAAAAGGGCAUUGCCGAAAUGGAGCCGCACUGCCUAUCUCGGUGGUUCAGAGAUCUCUAUUCUGUGGAAGAUGCCGAGGACGAGGUUUUAUAUCUCAAGAUCUACGAUCGUAUCUCCCCUGAGUAUGUGAAUGAGACCUUGAACGCAGCCGAUUACAGCUCUUUCUUCAAAAGGUUCGAGGCUGGCGCCCACAACGCUAUCCCAAUGUUCAUCAGGGGCGAAUGGCUCAACUUCACAGCGACCAAUGACCCGGUAUUCUUUUUGCACCACGCACAGGUUGACCGACUAUGGUGGUUGUGGCAGAACAACGAUCCCAAGGGCCGCUUGAAAGAGUAUUUCGGACCUUCGGAAAAUUUUCUUGGGGAGCAUCAUGAGAACAUGGAAUCUCAUUCCAAAGAUGUCCUUCCAAUGGGUGGUCUCGUCAGCGAUGGGAAAGUCGAAGACUACCUGAGCACGUCAGGUGGUCAACUGUGUUACGCGUAUGACUAG